GGAAGUCUCCUUAGGGAAUCAGAAAAACCAUAGAGAGAGAGAGAGAGAGUGGCAGAGUUCACUCAAGGAGAAACAACAAUGAGUUUUCCAAGUGAGGAAUCUGAUAGUUCCACAAAUUCAGUUCAAGAUGAGCAGAUCAAGCUAGUUCAACUGAAAAUGCAAUUUCAUGGUACCAGAAAAGAGGAUCUUGAGACCAUUGAGUCCUAUGUGAAAAAAUUGAAAUCUUUAGCCAAUUCUCUAGCAGAAAUGGACAGUCCUAUCUCAGAUUCAGACAUGGUGUUGCAACUUCUUGCUGGUUUGCCUACUCAAUACUUGCCCCUCCAAAAAACAAUAUCAUCAAAGUGGCCUCUUCCCACUUUUGAAGAGGCUUGUUCCAUGGUGUACAUGCAAGAGGGCAUAUUAUUACAGGAUGAAGAGGAGCAAAGUAGAAAUGAUCCUCGUGGUGCUGGUGCAGAGCAGUCGUCUAGUUUUUAUAGCGCAGAGAAUUUUGAUGCUGCGGUAAAUGCACUUGGAUCACUGAGUGCUGUAGUUGGCGCAGUGAGUGUUGUGGGUUCGGCUGGCUGGAAAAUCUGGCAGGCACUAGCACGCAAGUAAUUGAAUUAAUCAAAAUACUCAAUGCAAGUGGAAUUAUGAGUAAUAUGGUACUAAUUAUGGAUAAGAGUUUUAUUGUCUCUUUUUAGAUAAUGUGUAUGCAUCAUGGUAUGUAAAAUCGAAUACGAACAAU